AUGAUCAGGGCGCUAAAAGAAGGUGGCAAUUUGGCUGCAUUGACCGGCGGCGAUCCACAUAGUCUUCAUUCUGGUCGAAGUGGUGCAUGGAAAGGCAAAUUGAAAAAUUAUAUUCAAAAGAUAAAUGCAAAUAAUGAACGAUCAUUAUUUAUAUUUUCAAAAACAAAUUGGAUACGAAAACGAGCCAAUGCUGUUAUUGAAUGGAAUCCAUUUGAAUAUAUGGUGCUAUUAACAAUUAUCGCUAAUUGUAUUGUUUUAGCACUUGAAGAACAUUUACCUCAUGAAGAUAAAACUAAAGUGGCUAGAUCAUUAGAAAAGACAGAAAUUUAUUUUCUUGGAAUAUUUUGUUUUGAAGCUGCUCUUAAAAUAAUUGCAUUGGGAUUUAUGUUACAUCGUAGUUCGUAUCUUCGAAGUCCUUGGAAUGCCUGA